AGGCGACAGUCCUGGGAAGUGCGGCCUAUCAGUAUGCAGAGCCGAAAGGGGGCGGGGUAGUUCGGCCACUUCCGCGUGGCGUCAUGGCCGGCGGCUGCUUGAAUCUGUGGCGGGAGGAGAACGACGCGCUGGUUCGGCGCUGGCGGAGGAGCCCGCAGAGGGUUCCGACGUUCUCCGGAUCAGAGGCCCGCUCGGCUGGGGAGUGGCAGGCAGCCUUCCGCAAACUGCUACAGAAGAUCCAAGGGCUCCCAGCUGUGCUUCCUGCUCUGCCACUGGAGCUGACCAUUCUCUGCAAUUCCCUGCUCUUUGAUAUUGGUCUGUCCUGUGACUCCAGUGAGCAGUUAUUGGCAAGGAUAGAUCAUGGCCUCAACAGAGUUCUGGAAGCUCAUGCUGUUCCUGGACAACGGUUCACCCCAGUGGACCUCUGGCAGAAAGUGCUCCAUCAGGGGGUCUCUGAAGAGCUGCGGGGCCCUCUGCAUCAGUUGGCUGCCCUGCAGGGCUUGCUUUGGCUGGCAGCAAACCGCCUGGGAGAAGCAGAGGGCCUAUUUCAACAUCUCUGCAGUGCCGAGAGCCCAGGGCUUCCUUCACAUGGUGGUUGCGAGAAUAAGCUCCUUUCCCUGCUCCAAGGAUGGCAUCCGUGUGAUGUGGGGGAAUCUGACCCCCUCGUGGGGCAGAGCGCUAGGGACUUGAAAGAUGUUCUGUGGACUUCUGCUGCUUUCUUGCAGGGCUUUCAGGAACUGGUUGCAGGCAAUCACUCUGUGGCUCUUGCCCUUCUCCAAGCAGCUGCCACUGGGCUGUGUCCGAAGAGAGUUCUGGCCCAGAUCUUUACGUUAAUGGGAUGCUGCAAUGUGAAAAUGGGUAAGCCGCAGACGACGAUCCAGUGCCUGAAACGAGCCCUGCAGGUGGACUCCUCCUUCCUUCCUGCCCUGCACCAAGCGGCCUUGUUGUAUCGCCACCUGGGCCUCAUGGAGGCAGAGCUGGAGGCCUUGACAUUGCUUUAUCAGGCCAUGGAGGGCCCAACAGAGACAGCCAUAAAAUCCCUCAGCCCACUUUCCCUUGUCAGCGUGGAACUCCUCAUCUGCACGCCACGUCUUCGUGCUUUCUUUGGCCGGAACUCUUCAUUGGAAGUGAAGUACCUGCUGGCUCACAGAUGCCUCGAGGCUGGAAGGGGAGGCAGCAGAGCACUACCUGGACCUCUUGGCUCUGUGGCAGGACGGACCUCUUCACCAGGAACCUCUCUGUGGCAAAUUGGCCAUACCCAGGAUCCCUCAGGUGUUUCUGGAAGCUGCGGCUGCCCUGGAGGAGGUGACCAGGCACCGAGAUGCCAUCGCCAUAUGUGAGGAGGUGGUCACCAGAACAAGCCAUCUGAUCCCCCAGAGUCUGCGGAUUGAUGUGGGCUCGAGCACGCUAGAGGAGGGCAGCCAGGGGCCCCCGGGGGCCUCACUGGCACAACAGGAGAGGGAGAAACUGUGU